UCUUUGUUGUGAACGGAAUAUUGAGACCGAACGUGUAAAUCUUAUAGAAAUUCGUUUAAGUGUAUUAAAAUUAGAACAAAAAACCUCCACAACAAGAACAAAUAAAAAUUCUUUUAAUGCAACUUUAGCUAAUUAUGUUGGACUUUCUUUUUUUUGGAAGUCACCUCUUGUUUUGAUUAUAUAGCUAUCUAUGAUGGAUCUAAGGCGACUUCCCCUCUAUUACUUCCACCAAUUGAGUUUACAUUUAACUGACAAGGAAUUAAAUCCUAAUUUUAUUCCAUCCCAUCGGCAAAUUGAUGUAUUUUUCUCUUAUGAUUCUAGUACAGAAUUAGGUGGAACUGGAUUUCAAGCUGAGUUUAGAGCAAUUAAAUCUGAUUGUGGAGAAGUUUUUUUGGCCGGCCAAGAAUGGUCUGCUUUAGUUUUUUGUCAUUGGUUCCUCUAUACAGAAAAACAACAACAUUUGGAAGUUAUUUGUGAACAAUUUUCUUUUCCAGCAAUUAGCGGUAAUUGUUUGGAUGAAUUUUUGGAACUUCGUGAUGUUGGGACUUUAAGUGAAUGUCAACAUCCUGCUUGUGCUACAGAACCAUUACAAGAACAAAAAAGGAAAGAAGUAAUUGGUUAG